AUGGAUCCUAGUCCUCUAUGGCGCCGUGAUGAUGACUCCCUGGACCAAUUUCUCAGGCUCAUUCAGGACCCGUUCAGUUCGGCCAUUCGAGAGAAUGCCGUGUGGGCCUCCUUGGCUACCUCUUUCGGCUUCUUCAUCCUCCUCGCCUUGCUCUUCUCGCUGGUUCGUCCCCGACAUUCGGUCGUAUAUGCCCCCAAGGUGAAACAUGCCGACCGCAAACACGCACCGCCUCCUGUGGGAAAAAGCCUCUUUGCUUGGGUCAAGCCUGUGCUGAGCACCCGAGAGCCGGAGCUGAUCGACUGCAUCGGUCUUGAUGCCGCGAUUUUCCUCCGAUUUACGAAAAUGUGCCGCAAUAUUUUCAUCUUACUCAGCGUCAUUGGCUGUGGGAUUAUGAUUCCCAUCAACCUCACGCAGGGUGGUGCGAACUCCAAGGACAAGGAUAUUUUCACGAAGAUGACCCCGCUGAAUGUUUCCUCAAAUCCCAUCUGGAGUCAAGUCUUUUGUGCCUGGGCUUUCGACAUCAUUGUCGCUUAUUUUCUUUGGAGAAAUUACAAGGCCGUAUUGUCGCUACGCAGGAAGUACUUCCAAAGUUCGGAAUAUCAGCGUAGUCUGCAUGCCCGCACGUUGAUGAUCACCGAUCUUUCUCCAGCUGCACGAUCUGAUGAGGGUGUGAUGCGCCUGAUUGACGAGGUCAAUCCCACUGCUGCCCUACCCCGGGCUUCCAUUGGUCGCAACGUUAAGGGCCUUCCUGGGUUGAUCCGAAAACACGAAGAAGCGGUGCGCGAGCUCGAGUCGGUGCUAGCAAAGUACUUCAAGAAUCCAGACCGACUACCCGCCAACCGGCCCACCAUGCGCCCGCCCCGGAAGGAGAGGCGCGAAGGGACAAGCGGAAAGGUAGACGCCAUUGAUUAUUUGACUGACCGGAUCCAGAAAUUAGAGGAGGAGAUCAAACACGUUCGUGCAUCAAUCGACAAGCGUAACGCCCUGUCGUUCGGCUUCGUCAGCUGGGAUAUGAUCGAGCAUGCCCAUGCGGUGGCUUACAAAGUGCGCAAUAAGCACCCAAAAGGAACAACGAUUCGCCUGGCCUCGCGGCCGAGCGACCUCAUCUGGGAAAACCUGCCUUUGUCGAAGCAGGCACGACGAUGGAAGCGGUUUGUGAACUUUAUCUGGACGGCGAUCUUGACCCUGAUAUGGAUCGUUCCAAACGCCCUCAUCGCCAUCUUCUUAUCCAAUCUAAAUAACUUGGCUUUGGUUUGGCCGGCUUUUCGGCCCUCACUGCACAGCAACUCCGCGGUCUGGGCUGCAGUCCAAGGUAUCCUUGCGCCUGCUAUCACAUCUCUGGUUUAUGUGCUCCUACCCAUCAUCUUUCGGCGUAUGGCGAUCCGGGCGGGUGAUGUCACUAAAAGCUCCAGGGAGCGGCACGUCCUCCACAACCUAUACUCCUUCUUCGUCUUUAACAACCUGAUCGUCUUCUCUCUCUUUUCUGCCGCGUGGACGUUCGUUGCCGCCGUCAUCGACGAGAAAAGUACAAAAGAUGUGGAUGUGUGGCAGGCUAUCAAGGACGGCCAUCUGUAUACGAAGGCCAUGGGGGCCCUAUGCCAAGUCUCUCCGUUUUGGGUGACCUACCUCCUGCAGCGUAACCUCGGAGCUGCCAUUGAUUUAGUCCAGUUAGUGAACGUGUUUUGGGUAUGGUUCUCCAAGACGUUUCUCGCACCUACCCCCCGACAGACUAUAGAGUGGACGGCACCGCCCCCGUUCCAAUACGCCAGUUAUUACAACUACUUCUUGUUCUACGCGACGGUUGCUCUGUGCUUUGCGACCUUACAACCGAUCGUACUCCCAAUCACCGCGCUGUACUUCGGUCUGGAUGCAAUGAUGAAGAAGUACAUACUGAUGUACGUGUGUGUGACCAAGAACGAAUCUGGGGGUAGGUUCUGGCGGGUGGUGUUCAACCGGAUGGUGUUUGCGACCAUUUUGGCCAACGUGAUCAUUGCGCUGGUUGCUAAAGCGAGUGGCACCUGGACCAUGGUCUACUGCGUCAUCCCGCUUCCAUUCCUGAUGCUCGGCUUCAAGUGGUACUGCAUGAAGACCUUCGACGGGGACAUCAAGUUCUACAACCGGGCCAACCUCAGCGAUGCCGAGGCUCUGGCAGUAGGCAAGCCCGGGAAGACAACAUCAGAUCGGCUCAACUCCCGGUUCGGGCAUCCCGCCCUCUACAAGCCCUUGAUCACUCCGAUGGUCCACGCGAAGGCGGCCGAUUCGUUGAGCCGCAUUUACCGGGGACGACUGGACUCCUCCCAGGCGGAUGCGGAGUACUCCGACAUUGCCAUGGAUGCCAUGUCCACCUCGCGUCCGGGUAAAACGAUGAUGGACAUGUCGGUACGGGAGCCCUUCGAAGUUGUCCCCGAGAACCAUCUCGACUUUUCGUACUUCAAGGACCGAGCCGAUUUCCGGGACGAGUUUGGCGGUGGCAUCUACGGCCGUCCCGAUGACCUGAUGACCGAACGCUCGCACACUCCUCGCAGCCAUCUAGGGGGCGAAUGGUCGCCCACCUCGUCGCGGGCGUCCUCCCCAGCCCCGUCACUUCCGUCCAUCCGGCCGUACGAAAUGGGAGGGAACGAUCAGAUCCAUCCGGCCUUCCGCACCCCGCUGUCGCGUGUGGACAGCGGCCCAGUGGGUCGGGGACUCUAUCAGCAUGAAGAUGAGAGUCAAGCUAGGCUGCUCAGCCAGGCACAGAGACCCGCAUUAAACGAGCCUAUGACACCACUGGAUCGAUGGCGAGCCCGGGGAUACGGACCUGUGGAUCAGGACGACUCCAAUCCCAAUUCAUAUGACCAUUACCGCAUGCCACGAUAG